AUGCCUGCAAAGUCGAGAUUCACAAGGCUAGAUGCCUUCACAAAAACUGUCGAAGAUGCGCGAGUACGAACUACCUCGGGGGGGAUAGUGACUUUAGCAUCCCUACUGGUUGUCGUUUAUCUGAUAUGGGGUGAGUGGACGGACUAUCGACGAAUACUGGUGCAACCAGAAUUGAUAGUAGACAAGGGACGAGGUGAGAAAAUGGAGAUACACCUGAACAUGACCUUCCCACGAAUACCUUGUGAACUCCUCACACUCGACGUUAUGGACGUGUCUGGCGAGCAGCAGACUGGCGUUGCACACGGAGUGGAAAAGGUACGGUUAUCGCCGGUUGCAGAAGGGAGUAUGCCAAUUGAACGCACGAGUCUGGCUCUCCAUGCGCAGGACGAUUCAGCUAAACAUAUGGAUCCUGACUAUUGUGGAUCCUGCUACUCUGCACCUGCACCGGCAAACGCGCAGAAAUCAGGCUGCUGCAACACCUGCGAUGAAGUGCGCGAAGCCUAUGCUUCUAACAGCUGGUCAUUUGGAAAAGGAGAGGGUGUUGAGCAAUGCGAAAGAGAAGGCUACGGAGAAAAACUUGAUGCCCAGCGUAAGGAGGGAUGCCGCAUCGAGGGCGGUGUACGCGUCAACAAGGUCGUUGGAAAUUUCCAUAUAGCUCCUGGCCGGAGUUUCAGCAACGGCAACAUGCAUGUUCACGAUCUGAACAACUACUUCGAUACUCCCGUGGAAGGGGGCCACACCUUCUCACAUGAAAUCCACGAACUUCAUUUUGGGCCAAAGCUGCCGGCAGAUAUCGUGGACAAAUGGAGUGACCAUCACCAUGACAAUCCAUUGGAUGGAACAUCACAGCAAACCGACGAUCCAGCCUUCAAUUUCAUGUACUUCGUGAAAGUGGUCUCCACCUCAUUUAUACCCCUUGGCUGGGAUGCCAAGUUAUCGUCCUCGAUCCACACUGCAUAUCAAGACAUUGUCCCUAUAGGCACCCACGGAUAUCUGGGCCAUGGAACCAUUGAAACCCAUCAAUAUUCCGUCACGUCUCACAAACGAUCCUUAAGAGGUGGUAAUGACGCAGCCGAAGGCCACAAAGAGAGGCUGCAUGCUCGGGAUGGCAUUCCAGGGGUUUUCUUCUCCUAUGAUAUCAGUCCGAUGAAGGUUAUCAAUCGCGAAGCAAGGCCAAAGACCUUUACUGGCUUUCUUACGGGCAUCUGUGCAGUCAUUGGGGGCACGUUGACUGUCGCAGCAGCAAUCGAUCGAGGUGUGUAUGAAGGCAGCACGAGGUUGAAAAAGCUGCACCAGCGGUAA